CACUGAGAUUAACGGAACUACUCCUGGUCAGUUCUUCACGUCCGAAGGUCGUUACAGCAUACGGGACGAUCCCGUACGGUCACAUGACGACGCCACGUGGAUCUUGACCAGUGCGUUCAUCAUCUUUACUAUGCAAUCAGGUUUCGGACUGCUGGAGAGUGGGUCUGUAUCGGUGAAGAACGAAGCAAACAUCAUGGUGAAGAACGCCGUUGACGUAAUAUUCGGGGGCCUCACGUUCUGGGCGUUCGGAUACGCGUUUGCGUUUGGCGAGGAUGGCAAUGCUUUCUGUGGAUGGGGCCAUUUCUUCGUGAAUGCCAAUGAGGAUAAUAUCGGCUGGGUGUAUUCGAAGUUCUUCUUUCAAGCCUCAUUUGCCACCACGGCCACAACCAUCGUGUCGGGGUCGAUGGCUGAACGGACCAAACUGGAGGCGUAUAUAGUUUUCUCAAUGGUCAACACCUUCAUUUUCUGUUUACCCGCCCACUGGGUAUGGGCCUCUAACGGCUGGCUCCGGAACAUGGGCGUGGUCGACAUUGCAGGGGCGGGACCUGUUCACAUUGUGGGCGGGGUUACCGGUCUCGUGGCGACAAUGAUGCUAAAGCCGCGUCACAAUAGGUUCGUCACACCCGAAAAGGUGACCGUGAUGGGAUCUCCGACUAACGCAAUCCUGGGGAUGUUUAUGCUUUGGUGGGGCUGGCUCGGGUUCAACUGUGGCAGUACGUUUGGUAUAUCUGGGGUCAAAUGGGUGUUGGCGGCAAGGUCAGCAGUUUCAACCGUCACAGCGUCUGUAGCAGGAGGGAGUAUGGGGCUGAUGAUGAGUUACGUGAUUAAGCAGCGUCGGUUUGACAUAUCGUACAUGAUCAAUGGUGUGCUGGGCUCACUGGUUGGGAUAACGGCUAAUUGCGCCAUAGCUGAGCCCUGGGAGGGGCUACUGAUCGGAAUUGUCGGAGCACUUAUCACUAACCUCAGUGUGGAGUUGAUCAGCAAACUCAAAAUAGACGACCCCGUCGGAUGUGUAGGUACGCAUGCGUGCUCAGGUGUGUGGAGCCUUUUAUCGGCCGGCCUCGUUACGAAGCCUGAUAAUCUCUCGGAGGCCAUGCAGCUGCACAAUGUUCGGCAGGGAUUAUUCCACGGAGGUGAUUUUUACCAGUUAGGUAUCCAGACCCUCGCCGCCUUGGUAAUCAUUGUAUGGACGAUCGUGAACGCCUUCUUCUGGCUGAAGUUGAUCGACUUGGCGAUUGGUAUCCGCGUACCUCUGAAGGAGGAGUUACUCGGGGCCGAUAUUGUAGAGCACGCCGUUGGGGGAGUCAUCUACAGCAAGAAGGCUAGGAAAAUUGUGUAUUCUCCAGACAUCGACUCGGCCCCGUCCCCCGGGGAAAGUGAUCAAGGAGACACUGAGAUUAACAAAGCGAUGCAGAGGAGCCGACGUCACAGUCUCGGUGUCCGCAUAGGCAAAUGCAGAUACAAAAGCACAAAUGAUCCCACAAAAAGUAAAAAGAAUAUUAAGAUGCGUACUAGAUUCUCAAAAUUAUAUCAACGCCCAAAACAUGAUAUCAAUCAGAAUGGAGAUGUGUCGAGAGAAGCAACGCAUGAGGAUAUUUACAGUAUACAUGGAAAUAUGUGUUUAAGAACGAACAGCUCUUUAGCAGCGUACAUCAAUGACGAGGUGACGUUUACAAACGAUGGAGUCACGCCGGACACGGAUGUAAAAUUAGACGUUGGGAAGGGACAUAACUCCGUACUGCAACAUCGAAAUGGCUUCAGCCAUAGUCCGCGAAACAAAAUUAUUACGUAUUUGUAAUGCAUUGGGUGUCCGUGUUGCAAGGAGAUUAAGAACUUUAAAUUGGUUGUGACGUAUAUUUAGUGACAUAUUUGUGAUCUGCAUGGUACAAUACACACUGUUUGUCCUCCUGUGGCCUUUGUAUUUGUACAACUUGUGUAUCUGGCGAUGAAAUAUUUGUACCGAGUUGUGUUUGGAUCAGAGAGUAAAAUUUGGAUGUGGCUUUGACAUACUGUAUUUGUAAUGAGACGUGUUUGGAUCAGAGGGUAUAGUUUUUCUGGCUGGAACGUAUUUGUAGCGACGUUGUGUUUGGAUCAGAGAGUACAGUUUUUCUGUAUGGAACGUAUUUGUAGCGACGUUGUGUUUGGAUCAGAGAGUACAGUUUUUCUGGCUGGAGCGUAUUUGUAGCGACGUUGUGUUUGAAUCGGGGAGAAUAAUUUGCGUCUGGCUCUUACGUAUUCGUAAUAGAUACCUCUUUGGAUCAACGUCAAGCACAAAUUGUCUUGUUGUGACAUAUCUGUAGCGAGUUGUGUUCGGAUCAGAGAGUAUAAUUUGUGUCUGGCUGUGGCAUACAUGUUUUUGUAAUGAGACCUGUUUGGAUCCUAAGCCAGACACAAAUUGUCAGGUUGUGACAUAUCUGUAGCGAGUUGUGUUCGGAUCAGAGAGUAAAAUUCGUGUUUGACGUACUUGUAUAUGUUGUGAGACGAUUGUUGACAGGGGAUGGGAAGGGAAGUUGCACUUUGUGGUGAAACAUUUGUUGGUCUCAUAUUGGCUUAUAUGCAUUUUCCUCGACUCCUUGAAGUGCAUAUGCACAUCAUCUCACCUCAUAUGAUAACAAUACAAUAAAUCUUCUUAAUAAUGAUGUACCUGUAUUUGUUUCUAAAACUUCAACCUACCAUUACAUUAACAAGUACGAUAAAGAUGAUUCAAUAAUUCAACUUUUUAAUUAUCCUUGAUAUACAUUUCAAACAAGGUUAGUCACAUCGGGUUAAGUACAAAGGCAUAGCCAUACACUAUCAUUGAAUAUAAAUACAUAUAAUUAAAUAUCAAUGAACCGCAAUCAGGAGUAAGGAAACCGCUCUGACAAUACCUGACAAGGUCAUGUCUACAAAGAGUUUUAUAGCAUCAUGCAUCAAGUACAUUUCUAAUAUUUAAAUGAUCCAAAUUCAAAUACGAUUUUAUUUCAAGUUUGUACAUUUAUUUUGGCGUCAAAAUAGUGGCGUUAAAGGACAUGUCGAAAGUGUAUUACGUUAGAAAAGUUUUUUGUUUUUUUAUGACUUUAUAAAUCUUAUAAGGUUAUAUAUUUAAAAAUUUGAAUUAAUAACGCGCUUUGCAGUCAAACACUGAUAUUCGCACGGAGGUUUACUUUUAGAUGUUCGAGCGAAAACAUUGCAGUCAACCCGUGUUUACUUUAACUGCAGGUAUGUCGUGAAAUUUAUUUAAAAACACUUUCUUUCAAGUGUCCAUGAACCAAAAAGAUUUAGAUUCAUUCAACAAAACCGAAAAUGAAACGUAUCCCAAUUCAAAGAUCAGGUUAAUUCACAUACAUUUAAGACCAAAAUGUUAGUAACAAACUAGAGCUGAAAACGUGAUAUCUGCGAGAUUUCGAAAAUUUAGAAUGAAUAUUACAAAUUUGUCAACAAGCAUGAAACACUGACUACAGUUUUCUGCUAUGAAACAGUAUUUAUUAUUACCCAAUAGUCUAUAUAUAUUAUAAUUAGUAAUAUACAAUUGUUUCAUGGCUAUUUGGGGAACAGU